UUCACGUUUUAUGUUCAUCACGGAGACACCGACCUGACCUUCAUUGCAACAAUCAUGCCUUGGGGAACGCGAGAAAAUCCCUCUGUCAAUCCUAUGACAAAGUUGGCUCCAAAGGCACCUUCGUCUUUAGUUAGAACUACCCGGUAUGCUGCUCUGGUGUCGGGAAUUUUGUAUGGUGCAUGGAGGUUACAAAAUUUGGCACCAAAGCAACAAGCUUUAUAUGAUAAAGAAAAGGUCUACUUUGAUUUUGUGAAGGCAAGAGUUGAGAGAUACUGGCAAGACAAGGGUGAACAGGAUAUGAUUGAUCUGAAGAGAGAAUCCGACGGUCUACCACCAUUAGAAAUAGCUCCAUUAGACAGACCACUUCUAUUAGGUGAUGAUAAAUAGAUCAAAACUGUGAUGAAAAACUCAGGUUUAUGUGACGUUUUAAGCGUAGUGAAAAAGUGCAAAUUACAAAAGAUUUACAACAGUUUAAAAACCAGACAAAAAUAUCAUUUCAUAAUGCAAGAGUGUCAGAAUUUACUGGUUGGUAGAUUACUACAAUAUUCGUGGAUCAAGCCUGAAAAAUCUUGUCAUGCAGUGUUUGGAUUAGUUGUUUGAAUGAUAUGUAAUUAUUAUUGAAUAAAUAGAAUUUGUGAGAAAGAUUU